UUAGUCUCGGCUUCGCUUGCAAUUCGGAGUCAUUUUUCUUCGUCUUGGAAUCUGCCUCAGAGUGUGAAACUUGCAUUAAUUCCGUUGCAGAUGAAAAAUAUAAAUAAUGUGUAUCUGACUUGAAAAACGUAGCUUUAUGCGAACAUUUCCGAUCAUGUUUGUAGUUCUUUUGAGGCCUGGAAAUCAUUGGGCAACAUGAAGAUUCGGUUUUUAGAAAACUACAAACUAAAAAUAUUUGCUCACAAUAUGAUGGCUUCCCUGAGUUGUGCUGUCCACCAAAAGCAUGUCAUCUGGGAAACGAAAGAGCUGGUGGCGUACCUGCAUCCCUCCCCCUGGACCCCUGGAGCCACCAUUGUGGCCCCGAAGGCCUCCUGCGGGGCCCAGAGCAUCUUCCAGCUGGCUGAGCAGGACUUCCUGGGCCUGCUGCUGGGGGCGCGGGCGGUGGCGGCCCUCCUGCGGGAGCGGCUGGGGGUGCGCCGGUGUGCCCUGGUGCACAGGCCUCACCGCGAUCAGCCGGCCCACGUACGGGUGCUGCCUCUGCACGGGCUCCGGCCCGACUGGAGGCCGCACCUGGCCCCGGAGGAGGACUUCCAGCCCCACGACCCGGGCUACUGCAGCUCCAAAAGCGGGCCCCGCUGGCCGGACGAGGAGCUGGAGCGGGUGAGGGCCAGGGUGCGGGCGCAGCUCCCCGACCCCGGCGCGCCCCCCAGCUACGUCUUCCUGGGGGAGCCCGGCCACGACGGCCUGUUCUCGCGCAUCGUGCGGGGGCAGGAGCAGCAGUGGCGGCUGUGGGAGGACCGCGCUCACGUGGCGUUCCUCACCCCCUUCCCCGGCUCGCCCGGCCGGACUGUGGUGGUGCCGCGCCGGCCGCUGACCAGCGACAUCUUCAGCCUGGAGGAGGGGGAUUACCGGGCCCUGGCCCUGGCCAGCCGCCAGGUGGCUCAGCUGCUGCAGAAAGGCCUGGAGGCCUGGGCCGUGGCUCUCAUCUUUGAAGGCUUUGAGAUCGACUACGCCCACGCCAAGCUUAUUCCCCUGCUCCCUCCUCCUGGUGACCAGCCCCCCAUCUGUCAUCCUCCUCAGUUCUACCCUGUUUACCCCGGGUAUGUCAGUUCCUCCAACGGGCCUGCUGCCAGCCCAGAGAGCCUCGCAGAACUGCACGCCAGAAUUACCCAGUCUUAGUUCUGGAGCGACUGAAACUAACGCGCUCUGCUGCUGACUGCUGCUACUUCUCGUAUACAGGUUUACAUUUUUGCCAAGAACCACAGGAUGAAGGUGAAUCCUUUCCACUGAUAGAAAAAAUUACAAUAAAACGGUCUUGAAUUUCCACAUUUAUGCACAUAGUGUAUAUGUGUAUGUAUUAUGUUACGCUGAAGGACAAGCAAAAACAACAUUGCUCCUAUAUUGCAAGACAGGGGCCAAAUGAUGAUGAAAGUGUUUUUGUGAAUAUUUCCCAUUUGUUUAAGAUAGUUAUUAUGAAGUUAUUAUAUGAAGGUUACAUUUUAUUAUUGGAUGGGAAAUACUGAAUCCAGACUGUAUGUAGAUGGUGUUCUUAUUAUCAGCAGGCUUUUGGCUUUUCUCGUUCCCUCAUUUAAAUGCUUUAACGUGAUGCUUCUUGCACCCGCACACCCUUAUUUAGUGUAGCUAAAUGUGUAUAAAUCACAGGAGACAUUCUGAAAAAUAAUCAAAAGUCAAGUUAAAUGUUUUCCUUAACUCUUUAAUAGUACACAAUCCAGCUCAAACAAACAAAAAAUUAUUGAAUAACCAUAGAAUUGUACACUCUGCAUCAUGUUUAGCAUUGUUAACAUUGUUUAACUUUUUGACAUUGUAGGAAAUGUGUAAUUGUCUGGAGGCAGAUUGCCUUCUAUGUGUUGCUGGGCAAGGGUUCACAAACCUGGUCCUGAGGAAUUCCCCUGUCUUCUGGUUGUUUCUCUUGAUUAAGUAAGGUUAUGUUUAAGUUCCAUAAUUUUGCAUUUAAAAAGUUGUUUGAUCAAAAUGUACCAGACAAGGACAUUGACUGAAUACACAUUACAUUUAAUUUACUUUUAUAAAAUAUGUUUACUAUGCAGUAUCCUAUUUCAACACUGUAUCUAUACAUUAUGCACAUACAAGUCUGCUUUCAUACAAUGGAUGAAGCCGGUCGGUCUCUGUGGCAUUGUGCAAACUGUAUGGAUUUGAAUUCAAUUAAACAGUUUAUUUACAGAAUUCA